AUGGCAGUCACUGCAAGUCAGCCGCGCGUCGUCAUCAUCGGCGCCGGCAUCGUCGGUGUCAAUCUGGCCGACGAGCUGGUCUCGCGUGGCUGGAGCGACAUCACCGUCGUUGACCAGGGCCCGCUGGACAUGCCCGGCGGCUCGACCUCGCACGCCCCGGGCCUGGUGUUUCAGACCAACGCGUCCAAGACGAUGACCCUGCUGGCCAAGUACACCGUGGACAAGUUUCUCUCGCUACAGGAGGACGGCCAGUCGUGCUUCAACCAAGUCGGCGGCCUGGAGUUGGCCACCACGCCCGAACGGCUCGAGGAGCUGAAGCGGAAGCACGGCUACGCCUCGUCCUGGGGCGUCGAGGCGCGCCUCAUCACGCCUGAGGAAUGUCUGGAGCGGUACCCUCUGCUCAACAAGGACAUGGUCCUCGGCGGCCUGUACAUCCCCAGCGAUGGGUUGGCCCUGGCUGCGCGCGCGGUGCAGCUUCUCAUUGCGAAGACGCGCGAGCAGGGCGUCAAGUACAUCGGCUCCAGCCUGGUCACUGGCGUUGAGCAGGCAGACGGCCGGGUGUCUGCGGUGGUGACAAAGGACCAGACGAUUCCCGCGGAUGUAGUCGUCUCGUGCGCGGGAUUUUGGGGCGUCGAGGUCGGCGCCAUGGUCGGAUUGCCGGUGCCCCUGUUGCCCAUGGCGCACCAGUACGUCAAGACGACGGCGGUUCCGAGCCAGCGCGGCCGGUAUUCGUCACCGAAUGGCGCGGGUCUGCCCAUCCUGCGGUAUCAGGACCAAGAUCUCUACUAUAGAGAGCAUGGCGAUCAGUACGGAAUUGGGUAUUACGGGCACCGUCCCAUGCCCGUGGUGGCCUCGACACUAGGCCCGACUCCGGAGCAUGUUGAUGAGCACAAAAUGCCCUCGCGGCUCGACUUUACCCAGGAAGACUUUGACCCCGCGUGGAAGCUGUCGCGGGAGCUGCUCCCGGUGCUUCAACAAACCGAGAUAGAAGACGGGUUCAACGGCAUCUUCUCCUUCACCCCCGACGGAGGUCCCCUCGUGGGACAGUCGCCUACGGUAGACGGGUUUUACGUGGCCGAGGCGGUCUGGGUCACACACUCCGCCGGUGUAGCUCGUGCCUUGGCCGAGGUUCUCACGACGGGAAAGUCGCAGGUCGAUUUGGCCGAGUGCGACAUUACGCGGUUCGAGGAGGUCCAGCUCACUCCGCAGUUUGUUAGCGAGACGUCGCAGCAGAACUUUGUCGAGGUCUAUGACAUCCUGCAUCCUCUCCAGCCGCGGGACUCGCCUCGCAAUAUGCGGGUGAGUCCGUUCUACCAUCGCCACAAGGAGCUCGGUGCCUUCUUCCUCGAGGCGGGAGCAUGGGAGCGGCCGUAUUGGUUCGAGGCCAACGAGGCGCUGCUCAAGGAGCUGCCCGCGGAGUGGCAGCCGGUGGAACGGGAUGCCUGGUCCGGCAGGUACUACUCCCCCAUUGCGGCGGCAGAAGCGUGGAAAACGCGCACCUCUGUCGCCAUGUACGACAUGACGCCCCUUCGGCGCCUGGAAGUGUCCGGCCCGGGAGCAGUCGGGUUGCUGGACUGGGCGACGACGGGAAACGUCUCCAGGAAACCGGGGGCGGUGACGUACACGCUGCUGCUGGAUGAGCAAGGCGGUAUCCGCAGCGACAUCACGGUCGCUAGAAUUCGUGACGACUUAUUCCAGGUUGGUGUCAAUGGGCCCGUCGACCUGGCCUAUUUGUCCAGGGAGGCUCGCAUCCAGACCAAGAAUGCGCCGGAAAAGGCCGUCCAUGUUCGUGACAUUACUGGUGCCACGUGCUGCAUUGGACUCUGGGGCCCCAAGGCCAGAGAGGUAAUUUCUCAAGUCACGCCAGAUGACUUCUCGGACAAGGGGCUCCGUUACUUCCGCGUGAAAAAGGCCAGCAUUGCCGGAGUACCAGUCACUGCCAUGCGGCUUUCGUACGUCGGCGAACUAGGAUGGGAGUUGUAUGCGAGUGCCGAGAACGGCCUCCGGCUGUGGGAUGCGCUCUGGAAAGCCGGCCAGUCCUGUGGAAUCAUUGCAGCCGGCCGGAGCGCCUUUAAUUCCCUGCGCCUGGAGAAGGGCUUCCGGUCGUGGGGUGCCGACAUGACCACCGAGCACAACCCGUACGAGGCUGGCGUCGAUUUUGCCGUCAAAAUGGACAAGAAGGGGGCAUUCAUCGGCCAGUCCUCUCUCCGGGGGGUUUCAAAGGACACAAUCACCAGAAAACUGCGUUGUAUUACCGUCGACGAUGGAAAGUCGAUGGUAUUGGGCAAGGAGCCGGUUUUCUUUGGUGGUAAAUCGGAAGGCUAUGUUACGAGUGCUGCUUUUGCCUUUACUAUUGGCAAGCCCAUUGCGUACGCGUAUUUGCCUACCAACAUACAGGAGGGGGAUGCGGUUGAACUUGAGUAUUUUGGAACAAGGAUUCCAGCGACGGUGACGGCAGAACCACUCUACGACCCGGAAAUGAAGCGACUGCGUGGAUAG